CAGAUCGACAAGUAUUCACAAAGAGCACAAGAGAAUGAUGGCCAAGAUGUCAACUCUAAUUGGGAUGUUUCUGGUGCAAUGGCUUGCAAUUUCGGUCCGCACUUUGGCUGCCGGGAAUGAGAAUAGCGCUGAUAGCGGUGGCAGCAGCAGGCCACCAACUGAGGAGGAGCUCGGAGCGUGGUUGAAUGUUCUAAAAGGAGCCGAGUUCGCCAUCCAAAAUGAUAAAUACCAAACAGCUUUGGCUAUGGUUUCAGGAGUUGCUGCUAGGUUAAAGGCUACCGUCAUGUCUGACCAGAAGGGACAAGACGAGUUGUCAAAGCUGCUGACAGAAAUUGAGCAUGCACUGAAGGAAAAUGAUAAAGACAAAGCCAUAAUGUUCACUGACGCAGUCGGAAGGAACUUCGAACAUCAACAUGGACAAACGCGAGCCAGAAAGCAAAGGCACUUGCAUGAAAAUGCAGACCCUCACCCAAACCCUCACCCAGACCCUCACGCAAACCCUCACCCAGACCCAGACCCUCACCCAAACCCUCACCCAAACCCUCACCCAGACCCUCACCCAAAUCCUCACCCAGACCCUAACGUGCACGACGCGCAACACGAUACCGUAGAUACCUACGGAGACAGGCAGAUGGUAUCGAACCGUUUGCAAGAAGUCUUCCUGGCUAUUAACGAAAAUCAAUUGGACAGAGCUAGACAUCUUCUUCGCGGUUUUUACCGUCUUCUUAGAGAUAACAGAGAUUUGGUUAGUAACGAAAAUGCAGUAAUGUUUCUUCAUGCCAUUCACCAAGCUGAGCAGCAUGUUAGAGAAGGUUCUGUAUCACAAGCUACACAGGCUCUCGAAGGAGCUGCAUCUGCUCUUGGAACUGUUACUCAGCUACAAGAAGGUGAAGUUUAA